AUGUCAGAAAUGACAGUAGUAGAGCAGAAUACAAUGAAAACAUUCGAGAUGAACUAUGAGAAGCUGAAGGACAUCCUUGAGCACCGCAUGCGCAUAGGCAGCAACUUUGUUCAGGUGCAUAAGUUUGCAAAGGAUCUUGAGUCCUCCUUUGAUGCGCUGACAUCGCUUCUGGACACCAAUAGGGAUUUCGCGAAUGAGCGGGUGGCAGCACAAGUGAAUAAUGUAUUCCACAUGAUCGAGGAGACAAUGACUCAAGAAAAACAUGACGUUGAAAGGUUUGUCAAUGGUGCGGAGUCAGUGGCGAGAAAUGAUGAAACUUUGGAUGUUCACCGAUCCGUUAAGUCGGCGAAGAAUAUGAUUAUUGAUCAUGAUCAUCGCUAUAUCUAUCUCAAAUCGAAAUGGGAUGAGUGGCAGAGGAAUAAGGCAAGAUUGCUUAUGAAGUAUCGCAAAAGCAAUUUAUCAUUUGCCUUUCAGAUUGAGUUGAAGAAACACGUACGAAUCAUUGAAGAGAUAGAGAUGUGGCAGGAGGACACAUGGGAGAUCAUUAGUUCUAAUCAGAAGCAAAAAAGAAAGUAUAGUAGCGUUCUGCUGAGUUUUAUAACGACAACUUUCCCAGUAGAGCCGCCGACACCUAAGGGAACAGUAUCCUGUCUGGAAACAUUUUGUGUUUCAGAUGAAGAAUACAAUAGAAGAGUUGAGGAAGUACUCAGAAGGCAAAAGGAAAUCGAAGAGCGUUAUAAAAAGCUUAAGAAGAAGGACGGUAUCGACGUCAAAAACAACAUUGACUACCGUCAGGAAUAUAUCAAUGGAGUGGCCAGUCUUGUUAUUGAGGAGACUUUCAUCGAAGACACGGCCACGUACACGGUUCGGGCUGAAAACAUAGGAGGUGUUGCUGAAAGCAGCGCCAAGCUUACUGUCAAAUGUGAGUCUUAUAAAGAAUUGAAGUGGUUUUUGAAUCACAAUUUCUUUCUAACACAUCGAACCAUACUUGAAAGAUGCAAUGCCGCUUAAUA